AUGUUAUUUUAUUUUAAAUUCGUAAAAUACAAUAGGAAAGAAUUUUUUAAAGUUAGAUUUUUUUCUCGUUCAUCCAAAAUAGUUCAUGAAAAUGAGAUAAAAUUAAAAGAAAUUGAAUGUUUUGCUCUUAUGAAUAAACCACUUUUUCCAGGGCUUUGUUAUGUCCUGAAUGCUGAUAAAAGUAUUAUAAAAAAUAUGAAAAAUUAUAAACAGAAAAAAACAUAUAUUGGACUAUUUUUUAAUAGAAAAAGAGAAAAUGAAGAGACAUUUUCUUUAUUUAGUGAUGCUGAACUUAAUAGAACUACUUUAAAAAUAAAAGAAAAUGAAGAAGAAAAAAAAAAAUUGAUAAGAAAAGAUAUUGACUACAUUCGUAAUUUAAGUGAUAUUUAUAAUAUUGGAUGUAUUGGUUUAAUUAAGGAAAUUUUAUAUGAUGAAAAUACAAAUAACUCUACACAAAUUAGCAAUGAUAAUUUAAGUAAAAUUAGAAUAAACAACAAUAGAGAUAGCAAUAAUAUAAAUAAUAAUGACAUAAAUAAUGAUAAUUUAUUUGAUAAAAAUAUAAAUAAAGAGAGUGUUGAUAAUAAUAGAAAUUUUGUUUUUAAUAAAUUUGACAACGUGUUUAGAAUUGUUGUUGAAUUAAUAGAAAAAAUAAAAAUAAAAAAUUGGAAAGGAAAUAAUAUGGUAGAAUUUGAUAUAAUAAAAAAUGAAAAAUACGAUAUAAAUAAUAAAUAUAUAAAAAUAUAUCAUAUAGAAAUAAUAAAUAAAAUAAAGGAAAUAAUAAGCUUAAACAGUGUAAAUAAUUAUGAAUACAAUUUAUUAUUAAAAUAUUAUAAUAUUAAAAAUAUAAAUAAUUUAGUGAAUUUUAUAGGUAAUAUAACUAUAAAUAAAAAUAGUGCUAUUCAAGAAUUGUUUGAAAGUAAUAAUAUAGAAGAAAAAUUAAAAAAAUGUUUGCAUUUAUUAAAUGAAGAUAUAUUUUUGUUAAAGAUGAAAAAGGAAUUAACAAAUGAUUUAAAUGAAAAAUUUUUAAAAGAAAAAAAAGAAUUAAUAAUAAAGGAAUAUAUUAAUAGUUUAAAAAAGAAAAUUUGUCAAAAAAGUGAUCAUGAGGCUAUAUGUGAAAAUUUUCUGAAUAAAUUUAAUACUAUAAAAAGUUAUUUGAAUAUUGAAGCAACAACGAUCAUAUCUCGUGAGAUUAAUAAAUUUUUAUUAUAUAAUGAAAAUUGUAAUGAAUAUUCAUCUACUUAUCAAUAUUUGAACACUGUUUUAAGUAUUCCUUAUAACAAAUAUCAAUUAUUAAAUGAAGAUAUAAAUGAAUGUGAAAUUUUAUUAAAUAAAAGUCAUUAUGGAUUGAAUUAUGUUAAAAAAUAUAUACUUGAAUAUUUAAGUUUAUAUAUAUUAAAUAAAAAUAUUAAACCAAAAAUACUUUUAUUGGUUGGCUAUCCAGGUACAGGAAAAACUUCUAUUUGUAAAUCUAUUAGUAAGUGUUUGAAUAUUCCAUUUUAUGUAAUAAAUAUGAAUAAUAUAAAUAAUAUGAAUGAUUUAAUUGGUCAUAGAAAAACUUACGUGAAUAGUUAUGAAGGAAAAAUAAUACAGUCAUUAAUAUCAACAAAUGUUAUGAACCCAUUAAUAAUUUUAGAUGAAUUUGAUAAAAUUUCAUAUAUAAAUACUAAUAUUUAUAAUACUUUUUUAAAUAUUUUUGAUAUUAACCAAAAUAAAUUAUUUAAAGAUCAGUAUAUAAAUAUUCCCGUUGAUAUUUCAAAUGUUUUUUUUAUAUGUACUGUUAAUACAAUAGAAAAUAUUCCUGAUGUUUUAUUAGAUAGAAUGGAAAUCAUAAAUAUACAUCCUUACACUAAUAUAGAAAAAGUUCAUAUUUUCAGAAAUUAUUUAAAAAAAAAACUAGAAUUGGAAACAAAGAUUACAGAUAUUCAUUUACAUAUAUCAGAUGAACUAUUAUUAUAUAUUAUUCAUAAUUAUACUAAUGAAAAUGGUUUAAGACAGUUUUAUAAUAUAAUUUAUAAUAUUUAUAAAAAAAGAGCUUAUCUGUUAUUAAAAGGAAAUACAAAAGAAAUUAACAUAAAUUUAAAUAAUUUAAAUGAUUUUAUUAAUAUAGAUUCUAUUAAGAAUAAAAAAAAUAAGGAAAAUCACAAUUUUGAUGGUUCAUUGAAAUCAUUAGCCUUUACGGAUAAUGGUGGACAAAUAGUAACAAUAGAAGUAUCAAGUUUAAAAAAUAAUUUUUCAUUAAAAAAUCGGUAUCCUAAAUAUGAAAUGAAUUACGUAAAUAAUGAUGAGUUUUAUUGCAAUUAUAAUGAACAUCACUAUAGCAAGUUAAAAAAUUAUAAUAGUAAAAAUGAUAAAAAUGAUAACAAUAUUGAAAAUUAUAAUCAUCAUAAUGCUAAUAACAAAUACUAUAAUACCAGAAACAAUAAAUAUGAAUGUUAUAAUAAUGAAUAUUAUAACACUAAUAAUAUUAAUUCUUUAAUAAAAGAGAAACAUGAAAAAAGUAAUUUGCCAUUUUCUAUUUCUGUCAACGAGUUAGCUUUAAAUGAUAAAAAUCAAAUAAUUAAUUACUAUAAUUUAUCAGAAAUGAAAAAUUCAUUAUCAUCAAGUGAUGAUAAUAAAAAUAUUUAUAAGAAAAAUAGGUAUGAACUGUUAGACAAAAAUGACAAUGAACUAAAAAGUAUCAAUGAAAAUACAUGUCUUUAUGAAAAUAAUUCUUUUUCAUUUAAUGAAGAUAAAUAUUCCUAUAGUAAUGGAUUUAAUAAAAAAAAGGACAUACAUUUAAAUAAUGAAAAUAGGUUCAAGAAUGAUAAUUUUAAUUAUAAUAUUAUAAUAACUGGAAAUGUUGGAAAAAUAAUGCAAGAAAGUAUAAUAAUUGCAAAUACAUAUUCUAUUAAUUUAAUGAAUCAAAUUAUUCCUAAUUUUCAAAAUGAUUAUUUGCAUAUCAAUUUAAGUGAAUGUGAUAUUAAAAAGGAUGGACCUAGUGCAGGUAUAAAUUUUGUUACAUCUAUUUUAUCUUAUUAUUUAAAAAUAGCAGUAGAUAAUUCUUUAUGUAUGACUGGUGAAAUAAGUUUAAAUGGACAUAUUUUAAAAAUAGGAGGAUUAAUAGAAAAAGUUAUUGUUGCUAAAAAUUAUGGCAUUCGUACUUUAAUAAUACCUAGAGAUAAUGCACAAGAAUAUGAAUUAUUGCCAAGCUAUAUUAAGGAAAAUAUAAAUGUUUUAUAUGUUUAUCACUAUUGCCAAAUUUUUAAUAUGCUUUUUAAUAAAUAUAAUAAAUAUCUAUGUUAA